GGAAGAAAGGAGGGUGUUUCUGUCCCGACACUUUCGGAACUUGGAACUCGGAACUCGGAACCAACCACCGCUCCCCUCGCUUCUCCGCCUCCCUCCGGCCACCUUUUCUGACAAAAGCACCGUGGGAGGGGAGAGUAGAGAUUCUUCUUCGAUUCUUUCGUCACUCCUCUGCUUCGUUUAUACCUACUCCAUUUUCCCUGUAAUAUUAGCAGUAUAAGAGAGAAGCAGAGGCGAAGCACAGGAAGGUUGGCGCUCAUCCUCCAUACUACGUGUAGAGUGAUGAUGGCCAGGUACGAACCCAUUAAGGAAUGUUCCGAUGAAAAAGAGGACGCCGGAAUGGCAGAUCGUGAAGGAAUCCGGCGGGAUGAUGUUGAUGUUGAAGCUGCAUCGGCUAUCCGGAUCUCUGAACCAACAUCCACAAUCGUCGCUUGUGAUCCAAGUGAAGAAGACCCUUCACCGGUUCCUCCUGACAAGAGUCAACCCAGGCAACGUCUUGCUUCCCUCGACGUCUUCCGCGGCCUCACCGUUGUGCUGAUGAUACUUGUGGAUGAUGUUGGUGGACUUCUGCCGGCUAUCAACCAUUCACCAUGGGACGGUUUAACCCUUGCAGAUUAUGUUAUGCCAUUUUUUCUCUUCAUUGUGGGUCUUUCACUAGCAUUAACAUACAAGAAAUUGUCAUGUAGAGCCUCUGCCACUAGAAAAGCAUUACUUCGGACAUUGAAGCUUUUGGUGUUGGGCCUUUUUCUGCAAGGAGGCUUUUUUCAUGGGGUCAACAAUUUAACAUUUGGUGUGGAUAUUGAAAAAAUAAGAUGGAUGGGUAUACUUCAGAGAAUUGCAAUGGCAUAUUUAGUUGUGGCUGUGUGUGAGAUUUGGCUGAAAGGUGAUGAUCAUGUGACAUCAGAAUUAUCUAUGUUCAGGAAAUUUCGAUUUCAAUGGGCUGUUGUUUUGGUGCUUGUUAUUCUAUAUAUUUCCUUGUUAUAUGGCUUGUAUGUUCCUGAUUGGGAAUAUCAGAUUCCAGUUGUGGCAUCUUCUUCAGAACUGAAGAUAUUUUCAGUUAAAUGUGGAGUACCAGGCAACACUGGACCAGGUUGUAAUGCUGUUGGAAUGAUUGAUCGUAAAUUACUUGGAAUUCAUCAUUUGUAUAGAAAACCAAGCUAUGCACGAACAAAAGAAUGUAGCAUCAACUCGCCAGAGUCUGGUCCAUUGCCUUCUGAUGCACCUCCAUGGUGUCAAGCCCCAUUUGAUCCUGAAGGGCUCUUGAGUUCUGUGAUGGCCAUUGUUACCUGCAUGGUUGGAUUGCACUAUGGGCAUAUCAUUGUCCAUUUUCAGGAGCACAGAGACCGAAUCCGUCAAUGGAUUAUCCCAUCCUUCUGUCUUCUGUUCCUGGGCCUCAGCUUGGACUUCUUUGGAAUGCAUGUGAACAAGGAUCUUUAUACAUUCAGUUACAUGUGUGUCACUGCUGGUGCGGGUGGCAUACUUUUCACUGGAAUUUAUGUGCUGGUUGAUGUGUAUGGAUAUAGAUGGACAACUAUGGUCUUUGAGUGGAUAGGGAUGCAUGCAUUGAUGAUAUUUAUUCUUCUAGCCUGCAAUAUCCUGCCAAUUCUUAUACAGGGAUUCUAUUGGAAGCAACCGCAAAAUAAUAUUCUGAGCUUGAUGGGGGUUUGAACAUGGACUGGCGUGUUGAUUUCAAUGACUAAAUCCUAGAAGAGGGUGGGGAUGAUAGUGCUGAAUUGUAGUCCAUUAUUAUAUGCCUCUGUUGAAUCGAGCGCUGUCUCCCUCCAACUUUGGAUAUUUUGUAUUAACAUAUGUUGUAAAAUUUAGAAAUGAAAACACAGUUCAUUCUUCUCAUUCGUAGGUCAGAAAGUAAUGUUCAAUCGGUUUUCUUGCAGUAUCUAAACUUCUUAUGUAUCUCCUCUAGGCUGCUUUCCGGUCAAGUGUAACGUCCUAAUAGAGCGAGUUGAACAAUUUUGCGUCAGCUUUGUUGCAUCACUCGCUUCCUAUGGCAUUCUGGAUUAUCCCUCUGGAAUGCAACAAGGCAACAUCUCCAGUUUUGUUAAUGAUGUUCAUAUAAAAGAUGGAGGAUGUU